AUGGGAAUUAUAACACACCAAUCCACCACCACGGAUGGAUGUGAGUCCAGCUUGUCUACCCUACGAAAAAAGUUUAAUUCGAUUGCGAAGAUCGAGAGAUUCAUCUCAACAUCUACUGCAGAGCACUAUGAGAAAAAGUGGGAAUACUUAAGAGAAAUGAAACAACUCAUUGAUAUUUACCACAUCUGGAAAGCUCAAAAAUCACCAAAAACAAACACAACGGAAGGAGUGUUAUUCACACCAACAAAGCUUUAUUUCCACUCCAAAGAAUGA